CGCAUCUCUGUAUUGACUUCAUACAAUCCAACCCCCUUGCAACCAUGUCAAAAUUCACAUUCUGGAAAGGCUUCGCGGAUGCUGCCGUUGGUGUCAUUCUUCUCACAAAGCCAGAGCUCAUAUAUCACAGUGCUGUUGCGAAAACAUUGCAUCGGCUGAGUGGAUUACGACUUCCAAACCCGCAUCCGACAGCUGAGGAUGCGAUAUCAUCUCAACAUGCCGUAGCGAUAAUGGUCAUCGCGGUAGGAGUGGGUCAUAUGCGAGCAUCAUCUGAGCGCAAAGCUUUGCCACCGAUUGUCCUCAUGAAUCUGAUAUGGUCACUUCUAGCUCUUGGCACCGUGGUCUUGAAGCCACACAGGGCUACAAGUGCACUGCUCAUGACAGGGAUAAACCACGCUGUGUUCGCAACGAUCAUGAUUUUGAGAGCACGACUGUCGGUUUUGGGGGUCCUAGGAAUCAAAGGCGGAGUUUUGAAUAAGUCAGAAUGAUUGAUUGAGUAGAGAGAGCUUUGGCUUCGAAACAUUUCCAGGAGAUUGCUGUACGGAAUACUCUGGAAUGGGUUUCUCCGGCGACAUAUCAAGCACUUUUAAUAGUUAUAACACAGCGUCAUCAGUAAUUAAUUGCACCAUCACAAAAGCACAAGGGAAGAUGAAAGAAAAGUGUUAUGUUGGAUGGAAAGUCAUAUAAUCAGCUACAAUCCCCAUUCACAGACAGCCGAAGUAGUCUGCUUCUGGGGAGAACUUCGAUUUAUAUAUACUUUUCGGAGACAGUUUGAAACUGUGGUUGGGAUUUGCAAGGCCAUUCUUAGAUGGCAACGUGUCUUGCAAAUCGGAACAAAAUAUCAGGUCGCUAGAAAAAAAAAACAUGAAUAUGUG